AUGAUCAAUAAAUUCCUUAAAUUUGCUGAUGAUAUUAAGAUCCUGGAUUUUGAUGGGAAGAACCUUAAGAGUGGUAUGGAAGAAAAGGAUCUUAACAUUUUGGUUGAGCAGUCUCAUAAACUAUCCAAACAGUAUGCUGUUGCUGGUGACAAGGCCAAUCCGUCGGAUACAAAGACGCAGAAUAAGUCCGAUAGCUUCCAGUGUUACAACUGUGGAAAAGUUGGACACAUGGCUAAAAAUUGCUUCAAGAAAUCAAAAAGAAACGAGCAGACAGUGUGCUAUAACUGUGGCAUUACAGGUCACAUGGCACGUGACUGUCGACACCCACGAAAACAGGAGAGGCAAAAUUGUUACAACUGUGGAAAAGUGGGACACAUGGCUAAAAAUUGCUUCAAGAAAUCAAAAAGAAAUGAGCAGACAGUGUACUAUAACUGUGGCAUUACAGGUCACAUGGCACAUGACUGUCGACGCCCACGGAAGGCUGAAAAUGGAAAAGCCCCAAAGGCUGGAACCUAUGAAAGAAGGUUUACAAAUAGUAAACCUACCUUCUCUAAAGGUCCAAAAAACGUAAUCCCCGCCGGGAUUACAGAGUGA